AUGGCUUGCUUGGAAACUGACAGAUUGAAAGAUGAAAAAUCAAUUAGUCUGAUUAAAGUAAAUCAGAAAGCAGAACAUAGGAAAAGCAGCCUUAUGGGUAGCCUUUACGCUUGUAGACAGACAGUGCUUGGUCGGAAGAAGUUUUCAUUCGUAGCUGACCAGACAAAUCUCAACCACACCGCCAUCUCAGUCAUCAUCAGAACACUAUCCAGCUUACAGAGAGAGCGAAAGUGCGUGGACGUGUUGUAUGUGGCCCGACCGAAAGAGAAGAAGGAGUUCAAGACCCUGCAGAAGCUGCUGGGACUGGGCAAGGGCAAGGGCAACAAGUCCCCCCAAAAUGACACCACGAAACUCAACUUCACGGCCGUUAUGCUAAAUGAACCUCGCGAAGUGCAGAGAUUCAUCGAUCCUGCCAACUUGCCACGACAACAGGGAGGAUAUCAUCCAUAUCAACACGAAGACUUUGUUCAGUUCUUCCAGCGUCUGGACAACUUGAGGCGAGUAUGCGCGCAGACGUUGCAGAACUUCGACUCAGUAAGAAGGGAAAGUGUGAAGCUACACAAACUCAGCAGAAGAUCGGUCACCGGACUCAAGAGGUCAACCAAGGUCAUCGAAGCUCACAGUCAAAAACUGAGAGAUGAACUGGACCUGGAAAAAUUGUCGAAGGAGUGUGAAAGCUUCCUAGCUGACCUGAUGAACCCAGAGAGGGAUUUUGUCUACGCACAGACCCCAAGAAUCCUCUUAUCCGCACCCGCCAUACAAGAAGUGGAGGGUGGAGAUUGA